AUGGCUGAUGUUGCGAGACAGUAUGGCUUGAACAGGUCUACAGUAUGCACAAUCUUAGCUAAGAAAGAUAUCAUCAAGAAGACUCGAGCAGCUAAAGGAAAACUGAAAGAAGAAACUCAAAGUUCGUCAUCCGAGUUAGAAUUCAAGGCUACCACUGGAUGGUUUGUAAAGUUUAAAAGGAGGUCUGGAAUCAAACAUGUAUUAAUUCAUGGUGAGACUGCUCGUGCAGUUAAAGAAGCUGAGAAGUAUUGUCUCAAAUUCGAAGAAUUCAUUGAAACAGAAGGGUAUCGUCCCCAACAAAAAUGUGAUGAAACUGGUUUGUUUUGGAAGCGCAUGCCGAACCGUACCUACAUCACGAAACAUGAGAAAAGCGUUCCGGGGCAUAAACCCAUGAAAGACCGGUUGACGUUACUUUUAGGAGUUAACGCUAGUGGUGAUAUGAAGCUUAAACCACUUCUCGUUUAUCACUCUGAGAAUCAUAGAGCAUUAAAAAAAUUCCAUAAUCAAGAGAAGACUGCCAGCAAUGUGGAGAUCCAAUUGCAUGGGUCACGCAGACUCUUCAAAAAAUGGCUGUUUGAAGUUUGUGUCCCGAGCAUCAAGGACUACCUUGAUACCAAUGACUUGCCACUGAAAGCACUGCUGCUAUCGGACAAUGCACCAGGUCACCCAAAGAACAUUGAAGAUAAUUUUCUGACAGACUUUCCCUGUCUGACAUUUCAGUUUCUACCUCCGAAUAAGACUUAG